ACCCGGGAAAUGGAGGGCGUGUAACAGCAACCAGAGCCCCAGAAACCAGCCUUCGAAGGCGGCUGGGUUAGGGCUCUGCACCCGGCUCCCCUUCUCGGGCUCUCCGCGAGGAGGAACCGACGGUUGGAACUGGCGGGAAGGAGGCGGCUCCGCGGCGCUAGUGGCUCAGCGCGCGGAUACAGAAUUUAAAUAUGGAUAGAGACUUUAAGACAAUGACACCUGCUUAUACUUUUCAAAGUUCUUCAGAGACAUUGCUUUCUAUUCAUCUGUUAGAUUUUAAAACAAGUUUACUAGAGGCAGUAGAAGAACUGCGUGUAAGAAGGGAUGCUGAAAUUAAUUAUGAAGAUCAAAUUAAUAAAAUUAUUAUGGAGAAACAGGAACUUGAGUGGCAGAAGGAAACUCUGCAGCAUGAGACAGAAACUUUAAACAAACAACACAAAGAAGCCAUGGCAGCUUUUAAAAAACAGUUACAAGCAAGGACAUUUACCAUGGAAGAAGAAAAGGGCAAAUAUCAGCUUGCUAUAGAAACAAAAGAAAAAGAAAUUGAUGGGCUGAAGAAAACAUUAAAAACAUUACAGAUAUCAAAAUACACUUUACAGAAGAAAUUGAAUGAAAUGGAUCAAAAGCUACAAUUGCACAUAAUGGCAAAGGAGGAACAUCAUAAGAAACUGAAUGAAGUUGAGAAAUGCUAUGCUACUAUCACAUGUCAAUUUGGAAUGAUAAAAGGGACUCAUGAGAAAUUAGAACAGAAUGUGCUGGAAGCACUACAACUUAAUAAGAAACUGGCAUCAGUGAAUAAAAGACAAGAGUCUGAAAUAGAUAAUCUAAAGGAGGAACUGAAGAAAGUAACUACAGACUUGAUAAGGUCCAAGGUCACAUGUCAGUACAGGGUGGGAGAAGAAAACAUCAAUCUUACAGCAAAGGAACAGCAGUUACAAGAACUACAACAAAAAAUCAGAAUGGAAACAGAGAUUAAUAAAAAGCUCAGUGAAGAAAAUGCACAUAUUAAAGAAGAGAAACAGGAGAUUAUCAGUUCUCUACAACAUAUGCAGCAGCUGCUUCAGCGACUGACCCAAACAAAUGUCAGAAUGGAAAGUGAAUUGAAUGCACUGAAAGAAGACUAUCAGACCCUUGAAAGAGAUAAUGAGCUGCAAAGGGAGAAGGCAAGAAAUGAAGAAAAGUUCCUUAAUCUUCAGAAUGAGCAUGAGAGAAAGCAACUAAGAACUUGGACAAAAGAGAUCGAUGAGGUUUUCACCACCACAAAGAUGUCAAGGUUCCUGUUCCACAAGCUAGGUUUGCAGCUCAAUAUUGAGAAAUCCACUUUAAGCCUGACUAGUCCGAAAGAAAAUGAUUAUACACUAUCUACAAUCCAAAAUGAUAGUGUUUCUGGUCCUGGACAAGACGAUGACAUUGAAGUAAAAAAUAUUGUAGGCUGCUCUUCAGACAUUGAUAAAGUACAGACCGAACAAAGUAAUGGAAGUGGAUGCAUUGAAGCGACAUAUAACAUUGUUGCCAAAGAUUUACGACUUCUUGAAAACUAUAAGGAUGACUUUAACGUUGCUAGCCACUGUGAAGAAAAGCAAAGGGAGGCUUCUCCCGGCAAAACCCUCUGCACAGAUAUUGAUUUAAUUAUUCAAGGACAGACCCCAGCAGAAUGUAUUGCUGAGUGCAAAAAGACAGCAAAUAUAGGAAAAACAGACAAAAUGUUCUUGGAGAAAAACAAUGCAAGUUCAGAACUAAAGCCACAGGAUAGAACUUGUGAAUUGGCAAAACUCCCAGAGAACACAAGAAAGAUGCUCUUUGACAAUACUGAGGAAUUUGGUGUCUGCAGGAUGGAUGCAGGUCAACAGACAGACUCCAGCAAGUAUACAUUUGGCAAUGCUUCAAAUGAAUUAGUUUAUAAUACAAAUGAUAAGGCAGAUGCCGCACAGGAUGACAAAGGUGUCUUUAUAAAUGAAGCACCAAGCAAAGAAUUCAGACAGGUUAUUGGCAUAGAAGACAGUCCUGUAACUGAGAGAACUGUAGCCAACCACCAAACCAUGGCUGAAUUUAAUUUUGCCAUCCCGUCUCAGGUUACAGAAAGUAGUCAUACAAAUUUUCAGAAAUGUCACUUACAGGAGUCUAAUGACGUUUACUUAGAUAAUAAACAAGACAAAACACAACCACUUCAUCUGUUAAAUCGAAGUGGCAUAUCCUCAGAUAUAUUUCAAUUUAAACAGAUUCAUACAGAUAUUCAAGAGAAACACAACAGUGACCCUGCAAGCACAACUAAUGGAAACUGUGCACUGAACAGUACUUGUGAUACAGCAAGUGAUGCUCCAGUUCUGCCUACUACUUUCUGUGAUAAUGCAAGUGUGAACACAGACUAUACAAAAGAAAAUAACACUAAUAUGUCUCUGUUAGAGAAUUUCAAUUUAAGUACUGAAAAAACAGAUAAAUGGACAAAUCUGAAUGAUCUGCAUAGCAGCCAAAAUAACCUGGACAUUUCUGGACAGACAGAAACUGAUACAAAUACAUAUGCAUGUACAGAUGUUGUUUUGCCUCUGAACACGGAAAAUAUAUGUGCUUCUCAGACUAUUAUUCAUAAACAAAUGGUUAUAAACGAAAUUACCACCGAUAAACAAAUAUCCUGUGAAAAAGUUCACGCAAAUGAUUUUCAGAUACCCAAAAUGAAGGAUGGACAAUCCCUUGUGAUUAAUGAUAAUGCACUAGAGAAUACAUUGUUAAGAGUGAAAAGAGAGUCAUUAAAUAGUACAAUUCCAGGAGAGAAAAUUGCUGAAGGUCGCCUGGAAGAAUCAUGUUCUUUACUCAUAAGGACAUCUGGAGAUUUAGUAAACCGAAGUGGAAGGUCAUCCUUUGAUCUUUCAACUUCAGAUAAAAAAACUGAGAAAACGCCAGUAUACUUAAGUUUUUCAGAUCUCAGUCCUUGGCUGAGAGUAAAUCAAGUUGAAAGUCAAACAGCGUGGGCUUCAACUUCCGAAGAGCCUUUCCAUUUGAAAGAGAAACUACUACGUAUAUCAGAAAACAAAAAGAUUCUUUCAAAAGCACAGUGUCAAAAUCUGAGCAUAAAUGUUGUCAUGAAAGAAACAGAACUAGAUUCUACCAGUAUUAACAGAGUUGCUGAUGCUUUGAAUACCUCAAGUAUCCAUCGAGGUCCCAAGAGAGAUCCCAGUGAAGAAUGGAAUGCAAUAGCAAAGACUUUUUAUGAUUCUUCUUUUCCCACAGAACAUGUCAAAGCAGGAGUUACUAUAUCUUGCCACCAGCAGAAGCUUUCCCAUCUGGCUUCCAAUGCAGACACACCAAUCUCAAGUGAAAGUUUAUUCAGCAAGGAAGAUCAGAAUUGUGAUUCUCAUAACUUCUUUAUAAAAAGUCAAAUCAAUGACACUGAAAAGUUUUUCAAUUUAGAAAGGCUCCACCAGUCUAGAAAAAGGAAAUAUGAAGAAAAUCUAGAAAAAGCUGCAGCAGGGGACAAAACAGAAAAAUAAUUCAAUCUCUGAAUAUGCAUAUAGAAAGCUUUGUAGAAAUCUUCCACUGGAAGUAAAGAGGUGCAUAUUUUAUUUUGUGGGUAACUCUAGACUGCAAACUCGCCAAUGAUUUCCCCCACCCCUGUAUUUUGAU